AUGAUGUCAAAGAAAAAUAUUUCACCGUCACCUGAUAUUUUAUACGGCCAACUUUAUUUCGACAUUCAACUUGCUCAUGUGUAUUCCGAAGGGGAAACAUUUACUGAUUCCGUUCCAGAUGUUUCACCAUCAGAAGUAGUCGCUCUUUACGAACAUGAAAAACACUUACCGAACUUCGAUCUUACUAAAUUUGUCAAGGAACAUUUUCAUCUUCAAGCAUUUCCGAAUUUGACUUAUACUAGUGAUCCUACGAUAGCGCCGAAAGAUCACAUAAAUAGGCUGUGGAAUAUUCUUUGUCGACCAGCUGAUACGUCCGUUGACGGUAGUUCAACAAUUCCUCUUCCAUUUCCUUAUAUCGUUCCCAGUGGUAGACAUCGAGAAAUGUUCUAUUGGGAUUCGUAUUUUACUAUGUUAGGUUUAAUGGUUGUACCCGAUCGAAUCGAUAUGAUUAAAUCAAUGAUUGACAAUUUUGCGUAUAUGAUUGAUCUAUUGGGUUUUAUACCAAGUGCAAAUCGUACGUAUUUUUUAAGUCGAUCUCAACCACCAUUUUUUGCACAGAUGGUUCAACUGUUGGCCAAUACAGAGAAUGUCAAACAACGAUACUUACCUCAACUACGUAAAGAAUACGAAUGGUGGAUGACUGACAGUGAUAAUUUGACUGAUGAACAACCAGUUAAACGUCAUGUUGUACGUUUGCCUGGUGGAAUAAUUCUGAAUCGAUAUUGGGAUCCAUCGACGACUCCCCGGCCAGAAUCAUAUCCGAAGGAGGAAGAUCAACGCCGAAAAGCUCUACAGCAUGGCAUUUCAGCUGAAGAAUUUUAUCAGCACAAUCGUACAGCUUGUGAAUCCGGUUGGGAUUUUUCAUCACGUUGGCUUCUUGAUAGUAAAUGCGCGGAGACAAAUCAUGCAGCUGACAUCAUUCCAGUUGAUCUCAAUUGCCUUCUUUACUCUCUGGAAAAUUUACUUGCAAAGAUGUACAAUGAACAAGGUGAUGUUGAGUCAAGUAAAAAGUUUAAAUUAUUUGCUCAAAAUAGAAGAAAUGCUAUUCGAAAGUUUCACUGGAAUGAUGCGAAUCAAUUUUUUAUGGAUUAUGAUUGGAAACGUAAUCGAUCGACGUCUGCUAUUACAUUAGCUGGUGUUUAUCCACUCUAUUUUAAAUUGGCUACUCCUGAACAAGCAGCACAUGUUCACGAACAUCUUGGCAAAAGUUUUCUUCGUACUGGUGGUCUAGUCACGAGUCUAGAAGCAACUGGCGAGCAAUGGGAUUGGCCAAACGGAUGGGCUCCUUUGCAAUGGGUCGGCUGCCAAGCUUUGAAGAACUACGGAUUCAAUAAAUUGGCAGCUGAAGUAAAACAGCGGUGGUUGGCUUUGAAUGAUCGGGUAUUUAAAGCGACAGGGAAAAUGACUGAAAAAUACAAUGUAGUCGACAAUGUACAAUGUGGAGGUGGAGACUAUCCGCUACAAGAUGGGUUCGGUUGGACGAAUGGAGUCUAUUUAAGACUUUUACACGAUGGCUCAAACGGUCAGUUUCAUUGA